UACAACUAAAGUCUUUCUUAGCUUCUACGGCAAACUACAUAGUAUCACUCGAUUGCUGCUUUAAAAAAUGAACAAUAAAUUCAAUUUGCUAAUUUUGCUCCUUUUGUGCUUCGUUGCGUUCAUAACAGCUUUACCGCAGAGAGGUUGGCGCCCCUGUCCACUCGAUCAAGAGUUCACAAGAUGUGGUUCGGCCUGUCCACCAACAUGUGAUGACCGAGGUGAGCCGAGGAUCUGUACACUUCAAUGUAUAGUUGGUUGUCAAUGCAGACCUGGCAAUGUGUUGAACAGCGCUGGGCGGUGUGUAGACCCAAGCAAAUGUUAGCUGAAUUAAAAGGUGAUCAAGGAGAUUGCAUAAAUCAUACGCGAUUGGGUUACCAGUUAUGUAAGAAAACGCAAACAUUUUAUGUACAUAUAUGCCGUUGAUAUUGAAUAAAACGUGACCGAAAAUAUUGCAAG